AUGCCUAUCGUCUCGCGCUUAGUGUCUAUCCCGCUUCGCAUUGUGGAGAUUGCCUUUGCAGCGGUAGUAGCCGGUAUUAUCGGCCACUAUCUUGCGUCCUUUCACCAGAUCGACCCCUGGCCACAAGCUCGUUGGAUUUAUGCGGAGGUUAUUGCUGCCCUAUCCAUACUGCUAGCUCUCAUCUGGCUGAUUCCUUUCUCCUCUGGAUUCUUCUCUUGGCCUUUGGAUAUCCUCAUCUCCUUUGCUUGGUUCGCCUCGUUCGGUAUUCUCGUCGAUGGAAUUAAGCACUUGCCUUGUGGCAGCGUCUGGAGAUGGUCUUUCCGAGGCGAUUCUGUCUGUAUGCGCUGGAAAACUGCUGAAGCAUUCAGCUUCCUCUCUGCGAUCUUUUGGCUUCUCUCAGCUCUUGUGGGCAUCUGGUUUACAUUCCGUGCUCGUGAUAACGCGUCCAGCAACGAUUCUGGUCGACGUCGUCUCUGGAACCGUUCCCGCGCCGCGGAACCCGUAGCCGCUACAGCGUAA